AUGCCGCAGCUUGCGCACCUCCUGGGCCGCACCCUCUUCGCUCGCAAUGCCUCUUGUCUGACGUCGGUUCGCGCCUUCUCGCGCGCCUACACGUCAGUACUCAGCUCCCGUCGAUCCUAUGCCACAACCACGCGCGCAACAAAGCCAACAGCAACAGUAAAGAAGGCGGUCAAGACUGCCGCGGCUAAGAAGCCUGCGACCAAGGCCAAGGCUACACCGGGAAAGAAGGCGGCCCCAGCGAAGAAGACGGCAAAGACGACGGCAAAGAAGCCUGCAGCGAAGAAGGCGGCGAAGAAGAAGCCUGCUGCCAAGAAGCCUGGAAGGAAGCGCGUCAAGAAGGUCCUUACGCCUGAGGAGAAGGAGAAGGCAAAGAUUCGGGAGCUGCGCGCCAAGGCCCUCAAGGAACCCGUAUCUCAGCAUGCCGUUUCACCCUUCCAUGUGUACAUUGCCGAAAAGCUGUCCGGAUCAAAGGGCACCAGCGCCGAGGCUCGAGCCAACGUUGGAACCACGGCCAAGGCCUUCAAGAACUUGACUCCAGCAGAGCUUGAGCACUACAAUCACCUUGCAAACCAGAAGAUGGCCGAGAAGCAGGCAGAGUUCAAGGCUUGGCUCUACUCGCACACCCCAGAUGAGAUCAGGAUUGCCAACAAUGCUCGUGCUCAGCUGCGAAAGAAGCUUGCGGGUACUCAGAAGAAAGGCGUCGCGUACACUAAGAAGCUUGUAGACGACCGCGUCCCCAAGCAAAAACCGACUUCCUAUCUUCGCUUCUUCCUUGAGAGACAUGCAAGUGGAGACUUCAAGAGCAUCAAAGCUGCCGAUGCAGCCAAGCUCAUUGGUACCGAAUGGAAGGCCUUGAGCGCGGCUGAGAAGAAGAAAUACCAAGACGAGUCCAGGGCUGCUUCCUAAAAGGCCACGGCCUAAAGCUCCGUAUGACUUCUGAUAGCUUCUGUACAUACAGCGACCCUUGUGCGGUGCAUCGUACACGCCAGCAGCUGAACCACCCAGGUCCAUUCUUUCUUAUUGAUGUACUCUAGACCACGCCAUUUCCUUUGUUAGUCACGAGUCAGGGUUUGGAGACAAGGUAAUCGUCUAGUCUGGUUAUUAGACAUUCCGUGGUGGUCUUCUGGGUAUGACUGGUCGGUUCAUGUCAGGGAACAGUAGCGUCUCUUAAUUGGUAAAUGUCUGAUUAGUGUGCU